CUGAAUAUGAUAAAAUAUGUAGAACUUGUUUAAAAUCAAAUCAAACUUUAAUGUCGUUAUUUAAAACAGAGAUACUCAACAUGUUUUCUAUUUGCACUUUAAUCAAGAUUAAAGAAAAUGAUGGAUUUCCAAAUCAAAUAUGUGCAUUAUGUUUUCAAAGAGUAACAGAUGCGUACAAUUUUUACAAACAAUGUGCUAAUUCUGAUCAAUUACUUCGGGAAACUCAACUCAGUCAAAUUAAACAAGAUCAUUGUGAAAAUUUAAUUAAUCAAGAGACAACUGCAAAAGAACAAAACGUAAUUGAAUCAGUUGAUCCCGUAGACGAUGUUCAAACUUUUAAUGAUCUUAAAGAUGAAGAAGGAAACUCAAAUGAUGGAAUUGGAUCAAUGGAUGAUGAUGAUAAUGUAUCUAGUGACGAUGACGAUGAUAAUGAAUCAGAAGAUGAUGAACGUACUUUACAGGAAAUGAAGAAUGAUAAACAUUAUUAUGGUGAGAAAAAAGAAUCAGAAUCAGCAUGGAAGAAAGCAUUACAACUUGGUCCAGAUAAAUGUGACCCAACAACAAAAACAUGUAAAAUAUGUAAUAAAGUUUUAUAUAAUGUUCAUUCAUUGGUGAGACAUGUCGAAACUCACGAUGAAAAUCGUAAAUAUGUAGCGAUGUGUGAGAUUUGUAAUAAAGGCUUUUAUGAGAAACAACAUAUGACUAAUCAUAUGUUACGGCAUAAAGGUGAAGCCAGAUAUGAAUGUGAAGAAUGUAAAAAACCAUUUUAUGAGUUGUGUGCAAUGCGUUUGCAUUUCAAACGUAAACAUUGUGAUAAGAAGGUGGCUUGUAUGCAAUGUGAUCAAAAGUUUUACUUGCAACACGACUUGGAUAUACAUAUGAAGACGACACAUAAUAAAGAACAAUAUCAAUGUCCUGAUUGUGGUAAAACAUUUCGAUUUCGAUUCCGUAUGAAGGACCAUCAAUGGAUGCAUGCCAAAGAACGUAUCUUUCAUUGUCGUCAAUGUGAUAAAUCAUUUAAAAGUAAACAAGUGUUACAAUUACAUUACAAACGUGUACAUUCUGGUGAACGGAAACGUGAAGUUUGUAAUAUUUGUGGCAAAUCUGUUGUUUAUUUAAAGACGCACUUAAGUAUCCACAACAAUGAAAAAUACAAUUGUAACGAUUGUGGUCGAGAAUUUCGUAAUAAGUAUUCAUUAGAGAAACAUAUCAAACGUAAACAUGGCAAUAUGGACGAAGCAACAUUAAAUCCAUAUUUAUGUAAUAUUUGUGGAAAACGUAGUGAAAAUUUACGAAUGUUAAAUCGUCACUUUUUAACACACACAGAUGCACGGCCACAUAAAUGUUCGGUGUGUGGUAAACAUUUCAAGACAGCGGAUCGACGUGAUAAUCAUGUUAAACAUACACAUAAUAAUGUUCGAGAUUAUAAAUGUAGUUAUUGUUCGAAAUGUUUUCACACCAAGUCAGGAUUAACGAUCCAUAUUCGAGUGCAUACGGGUGAACGACCAUAUAGUUGUAAAUUAUGUGGGAAAGCGUUCCAACAGCGGAGUACUUUACGAACGCACAUGAAAGUGCAUGGAUUACAUACGAACAAUGGAGUGGAACAGAUUACCAGAAAUAUUGAAGUUCAUUUAAGUAAAACGUAAUAAUAAUAAAACAUAAGUGAGGUACCGCAAAUGGGUUCAUGACACCUUAAUCAAGUGUGCCCUCACUGUCAUCCGAAUGCGAAACAAUUUCGGGUAAAGAUGCUAUUUUAGAAGUGUCUAGCCUUUGAUGCAGAUGGCAGCACGGCCUAAACUGACCACGUGACCUAAUUUGACGCUCAAAUUCAGCGUCAAGCGUCAUCAUUUAAAUACACCUUUAGUCUCCGUGGAGCACUUAGCAGUAUUAUUUAUAUUGUUUUUUUUUUAAUUUUUUA